AUGACUAUAACACACAUUUCUAGCCCACCAAGUGUAAUUACACAUGAAGAAGCAACCCAAUUACACGAAAAGUCCUCAUUCUCUGCAAGUUCUGGUGACAAUGAGGUUAAUGUACCCGACAUAGUUCGAUACACACAACAUAAUGUUCGGUGUUUAGUGACUCCAUAUCCUGGAGGUGGCAGUGGUUAUAUAUUUGGAAAGGGUUCUUUACAGGUGACAGUAAGCAAAUUAUACUUUUACUCGAAGGAAGCAAAGGCUGGUAUAGCCAUUGAUUAUCCCGACAUAAUUCUACAUGCUAUAUCGCGACAGCCGGAACCCGAGGGAUCUGGUCCAUGUAUUUAUACGCAACUGGGAGAACUAACACGACUUGAUCACUUGGGAAUUGGAGCAGCAGCAAAUAUAUUGGAAAAUAUUACACUCGUUGAAACUCCCACCGGGGCAGUACAUCAACCGCAACCGGCUGGUAUUGACGAAGGAAAGUUUCAGGAUGCGGAUGAAGAUGAAAAAAUGAUUCAUUAA